AUGUCGGGGUUCAGUCCGGAGCUCAUCGACUAUCUGGAAGGGAAGAUUUCCUUUGAGGAGUUCGAAAGGAGAAGAGAGGAGAGAAAAACCCGCGAGAAGAAAAGUCUUCAGGAAAAAGGAAAGUCAUCAAUUGAAGAAAAUCCAAAUGACUCUGAAGUUCCAUCAUCAUCAGGAAUAAACUCUACCAAAUCUCAGGGCAAAGAUGCCAGUGAAGGCGAAACAUCAGAUGGAGUCAGUAAGUCAGUUCACAAGGUCUUUGCUUCCAUGCUUGGAGAGAAUGACGAUGAGGAGGAGGAAGAGGAAGAAGAGGAGGAAGAGGAAGAGGAAGAAACGCCUGAGCAACCCACCGCUGGCGACGUGUUUGUACUGGAGAUGGUUCUCAAUCGUGAAACCAAGAAAAUGAUGAAAGAGAAAAGACCUCGGAGUAAACUUCCCAGAGCUCUGAGAGGUCUCAUGGGUGAAGCCAACAUUCGCUUUGCUCGAGGAGAACGUGAAGAGGCGAUAUUGAUGUGCAUGGAAAUCAUAAGACAAGCUCCUUUGGCUUAUGAGCCAUUUUCCACUCUUGCUAUGAUAUAUGAGGACCAAGGUGACAUGGAGAAAUCAUUGCAGUUUGAAUUGAUUGCUGCACAUUUAAAUCCCAGUGACACUGAAGAAUGGGUUAGAUUGGCAGAAAUGUCCCUGGAACAAGACAAUAUUAAGCAGGCUAUAUUUUGCUACACAAAAGCACUUAAAUAUGAACCUACUAAUGUCCGUUACCUGUGGGAGCGAUCAAGCCUUUAUGAACAGAUGGGAGAUCACAAAAUGGCAAUGGAUGGUUAUAGGCGUAUUUUAAACCUUUUGUCUCCAUCUGAUGGUGAACGAUUUAUGCAAUUGACUAGAGAUAUGGCAAAGAGUUACUAUGAAGCCAAUGAUGUUACUUCAGCUAUUAACAUAAUUGAAGAAGCUCUCUCAAAACACCAGGGCCUAGUCUCCAUGGAAGAUGUUAACAUUGCAGCUGAACUAUACAUUUCUAAUAAACAAUAUGACAGAGCUUUGGAGGUAAUUACAGAUUUUUCUGGAAUUGUGCUGGAAAAAAGAACUACAGAAGAAGGCGCUUCGGAAGAGAAUAAAGCUGGUGACAACGUUAUCUGUGCUAUACCUGAUGGUGUGCCAAUAGACAUCACAGUGAAGCUGAUGGUCUGCCUUGUACAUCUCAACAUUCUUGAACCACUUAAUCCUCUGUUGACAACACUAGUGGAACAGAAUCCUGAAGACAUGGGAGACCUCUAUCUUGAUGUUGCUGAAGCUUUCCUGGAUGUUGGUGAAUAUAAUUCUGCACUUCCCCUCCUUAGUGCACUGGUCUGCUCUGAAAGAUACAACCUCGCAGUGGUUUGGCUUCGGCAUGCAGAAUGCUUAAAGGCCUUAGGCUACAUGGAGCGUGCUGCCGAAAGCUAUAGCAAAGUGGUUGAUCUGGCGCCUCUUCAUUUGGAUGCAAGAAUUUCACUUUCCACCCUUCAGCAGCAGCUGGGUCGUCCCGAGAAAGCUCUGGAAGCCCUGGAACCAAUGUAUGAUCCAGAUACAUUAGCACAAGAUGCAAACGCAGCGCAGCAGGAACUGAAGUUACUGCUUCAACGUUCUACUCUGUUAUUUUCACAAGGCAAAAUGUAUGGUUAUGUGGAUACCUUGCUUACCAUGUUAGCCAUGCUUUUAAAGGUAGCAAUGAAUAGAGCCCAAGUCUGUUUGAUAUCCAGUUCCAAAUCUGGAGAGAGGCAUCUCUACCUUAUUAAAGUGUCAAGAGACAAAAUAUCAGACAACAAUGACCAAGAGUCAGCAAAUUGUGAUGCAAAAGCAAUAUUUGCUGUACUCACGAGUGUCUUGACAAAAGAUGACUGGUGGAACCUGCUUUUGAAGGCCAUAUACUCCUUAUGUGACCUAUCCCGGUUCCAGGAGGCUGAGUUACUUGUUGAUUCUUCAUUGGAAUACUGCUCAUUUUAUGAAGACAGGCCAAAACGCAAAGAGUUAGAAUACUUUGGUCUGUCUGCUGCAAUUCUGGACAAAAAUUUCAGAAAGGCAUACAACUAUAUCAGAAUAAUGGUAAUGGAAAACGUCAAUAAACCCCAGCUCUGGAACAUUUUCAAUCAAGUUACCAUGCAUUCCCAAGAAGUACGACAUCAUCGCUUUUGUCUCCGUUUAAUGCUGAAAAACCCAGAUAAUCAUGCCCUGUGUGUCUUAAAUGGACACAAUGCAUUUGUAUCUGGUAGUUUCAAGCAUGCACUUGGACAGUAUGUGCAGGCCUUUCGCACCCAUCCCCAGGAACCUCUCUAUAACCUCUGUAUAGGCCUAACCUUUAUUCACAUGGCAUCCCAGAAGUAUGUAUUAAAGAGACAUGCUCUUAUUGUGCAGGGCUUUUCCUUUCUUAAUCGAUACCUCAGUUUACGUGGGCCUUGCCAGGAGACAUUCUACAACUUGGGCCGUGCCCUUCACCAACUGGGGCUGCAACAUCUUGCAAUCCACUAUUAUCAGAAGGCCCUGGAGCUCCCUCCACUUGUGGUAGAGGGUAUAGAAAUUGACCAGAUAGACUUACGAAGAGAUAUUGCCUACAACUUGUCUCUCAUAUAUCAGAACAGCGGGAAUACUGGAAUGGCUCAGAAACUUUUAUUUACUUACUGUUCUAUAUAAAGCCCCUCAGCUGGGGAAGGAGCUUGGGCAGCUGCUGUGCACCAACCAAUAUUUUCUGUCUCAGGGCUUAUUAUUAACCCCAAGAUGGACAUAAAUUCACAAUUAUCUGUGUUUCAUUUUUAAUAUAUGAUAAUUAUCUUUUGA